GUCAGGUGCUGCCGGUGGAGGAGGUGCCUCGGUUUCCUGCGCAGAUAGCCCUUGGGGUGUCCGCUGCAAACAAAUAAGAGUGGUGUACACAUUCAAGGACAUCAUGCGAAAAGCUCUUUCUGCUUUCAGGCAACGAGUGCAUUCUGAAAACAGAGAGACAGAGCCCAUAUUGGAUCGACAUGGGCAUGAGAAUACUCCACCCUAUAUCACUAUUAACAGAAGUGAUGCCUCCUUGGCUUGCAUUUCCACCGAAGAGACGGCAACAGCCACCUGCCCCACCUGCAGGGGGACUGGACGGAUUCCCAGAGGACAAGAAAGGGAGUUGGUGGCUCUGAUUCCGUACAGUGACCAGCGCCUAAAGCCACGAAGAACGAAGUUAUAUGUGGCUAUUGCUGUUUCCUGUUGCUUCUUGGUCUUCUUCCUUGUUGUGUUCUUUCUGUAUCCUCGUUCUGUAACAUUGGACCAUGCUGGCGUGAAUUCUUCCCUGGUUACAUAUGAUGCCCCUAAAUCAACUGUGAAUCUUCUUACUACAAAUAGAUUGAACAUAAGUAAUUACAACCUGUGUGGGAUUGACAUUUUAAGCCUGAAUGUGCAAGUUCUCCACCUGUCUGUUGUAGUCGGAACACUUAACUUGAAGGAGGUUAAAAAGAUUGGUCCAUUACUCACUGAGCAGAUCUUUUAUACUGUGGAGAGUCACGUCCAAGACAUAAGCACAUAUGAGGUCUGCACCUGGGAUAAAAUACACGUCCAUAACGUUCUGCUUCAUGUGCAGGGUUCCUUGAAUUUUUCGUACCUUGGACAUGUGGAGCAGAUACCAUUUGAUGGGUAUGAGUACCUGGAUUGUCACAGCAACUUUUCAGUCCCGCACUGAAUUCUUAAUAAUGCACCAUGAUAUAGUCUUAAGUAGAAUGGAUGUAAGGUUAGUGAUAUGCACGUGUUCUGACAAACUGAAGAAGAAUCCUAUGGAAAUGUAGAAGCUUGGAAAGCACACGACUGU